UCCCUCCUCUCAGUCUGCCGAAGUUUCAGUUGACCAGCGUCGCAACUGGGCGAUGCACCUCCAGGACAGCGUUGACAUUUUUGCGGCGGAUUUGACCCUCACACCGCAGCCUAAAGCCUCACCACCUAUCUGACAAGUAUUUGUUCCUCCGCUCGGUGAUUUCUUUAGCUAACGUCUCUUUGAUUUGAAGAGAAAAAAAACUCUCCCAGGACAAGGUUUUCUGCUCUGAAAACUGACCUCUCUUGACAAACAUUUCUCCUCUUGAACGAUCUCCUGUGGGAGGAUUUGCUUUCGUUAUUUUGCAACCAGCCGAGACAACUGAUAACUUCAUCGGAGAUGGUACCAGAGACGGCGCUCACACUCGCUUGAUUUUGUAUUUUUGUGCUCUGUUUGUGUGAACCGGAGGUUCAGAAGCAUCACCAGAAAAGCCAAGAGAGCAGAGGAGGCUGUUUCUCUGUCAACAAGCUGUUUCAAGGUGUUUCAGAAUAACCAGCAGCCAUGCUGUCUGUAGAUGAGCCGCUUGACUUGAAGCUUCCCUCUGGACGCUCUGACGGUCCGGUGAGAUUAGGAAAGAGGGCGUAUCCUUCCUCUAUCUGCGCCCCUCUCAGCGUCACACGACCACGCCUAAUAUGCUCUACCUUUCCAUCUCCCCCCUCCUCUCCAGAUUCCCUGUCUUCCUCUCAAGAACGACCCGGGUCCUGCUUCAGUCCUCCAGCCAUGGACCUCAGCAUGUCACCUUCCUCCCGCCAUGCCCCUUCUCUGUCCCCGUCUCCUUCCUCCCCCUCCUCCCUCUCCCCUUCCUCACCCCUGGAGUCCCCUAACAGUAGCAGCAGUCCUCAGCCACAUCUCUUCUCACGGGAGCCAGCCCGUCAUCGAGGUGUUGAAGGCGGAGCUUCACCGCCGGGUUUUCCCUUUUAUCUGCCCAUUGGAAGUCCACCGGGAGCAUACACGUUCCCCUCCUCCAUCUUCAUCGGUCAGAGCAGAGAGAAGCCGGUUUCACCAGAGCCCUCACUGGACGGUCAGCUGGCCUGCCGAUGGAUGAAGUGCCACCUGCUGUUCGAUUCACUGCAGGACCUCGUCGAUCACAUCAAUGACUUUCAUGUCAAGCCUGAAAAGGAUUCUGGGUAUUGCUGCCAGUGGGAGGGCUGUGCUCGUAAUGGGAGGGGCUUCAAUGCCAGGUAUAAGAUGCUGAUUCACAUCCGCACACACACUAAUGAGAAGCCCCACCACUGUCCCACCUGUAACAAGAGCUUCUCACGCCUGGAGAACCUGAAGAUACACACCCGCUCACACACAGGAGAAAAACCCUACAUCUGUCCCUAUGAAGGCUGCAGCAAACGCUACUCCAACUCCAGCGACCGCUUCAAACACACUCGCACUCACUACGUAGACAAGCCUUACUACUGCAAGAUGGCAGGCUGUCUGAAGCGCUACACCGACCCCAGCUCACUACGUAAGCACAUCAAAGCCCACGGGCACUUUGUCUCCCAGGACCAAGGGGCUUCUUGUAGGCUGGGAUCCGGACAGGGCCUCCCUGGACACCAGAGUCCAGUUGAACAUCCUCCUGUAGGUGGGGCCCAUAUCAUCAUCCCCAGUGCUGCUGCAGCUCUUCUUGGAGGGUCUUUGCCUCUCUCUGCUUUCUGCCACGCCAGAGCUCUGGGCCACCACGGCACCCCGCUUUUCAGCAUGGGAGGAGGAGGAGGAGUCUUCCCUAACUCUCCACUGUUACACUUUGGACUGUCAGCUGCGUCCAUGCUAGGGCUGGGAGCUCUGGGAGGUCUGGGGAGGAUGGCAGGGAAGGACACGGAGGGAGAAGAGGAAGAGGAGGAAGGAGAGGAGGGGGAGGUGCUGAACCUGUCUGCAGGGAUGGGACCUAGACGAAGUGACCCUUUGUCCUGGGUGGUGGUUCCCCCGAGGGCUCUCCAGCUCAAACGAGCUGUUGUCAGCUAGAAUGUGCACUCGGCUAAGUGUGUGUGUCGUGUCUGUUUUUGCAUGAAUGUAUAGCUGGGUGAGUGAUUUCACAAACAUAAGUCGUGGUUAUGAUGAAUGUUUGUGAGAGUGCGAGUGUUUGACAGUGAGGGAACAAAGGUCGCUGUUACCUGCAGAGCCAUAAGAAGCACUUCAGUCAUUCCAGCCCCAAAUGACUGGUGAUAGACUGACAGUAAGUCUGAACAGACUUAAACGAGACUGAUGAGAAUUUGCACCUUGCAGGUCAAAGCUGUCUUACACUUUAAAGAGCCAGUUCAACCAAAAUCAUAAGGAAAAUAAUCUUUAACAGCAUCCAGCCAUGCAGAUCAGUUUCUGAAAUCCUAAUUUUUAAGAACGUGGUUUUAGCUCUAAGAAAGUAGCCCGUGAAGCUGCAUUGACUGCAAAGUAAUUGUUCAUCCCCAAAGUCUUUUACACCAGAUAGACUGUUUUUCCACUGCAUGGAAAUAUAUCACAUCCAUCUGGGGAACCUCCCAUAAUCUUGGAGGGUGAUUGGACAAACCUUCUGCCCAUCUCUCCUGGUUAUGGGGAAUAAAAAUAAACUAUGUAGCCAAAGCUCAACAACCAGGUGCUAUCAUUGUUCACUAUCAGUGGAGCCAGCAAACUCAUGCAGAGAAGAUGAAAAUAAAGAUUUCAGUGUGGUUCUUUCCUCUUCCUUUAGUAAAAAAAUUACUUAGAGCUAAUAAAACUGCCGCUAUAGCUACAUCUGAGCUAAUCACUGCAUCAUUGCCAUUGUUUACUGGCUUGCAGUACAACUAAACCACGCCUAUAGCUACUGCCUCUUUCUCCUCAAUUGUUUCAGAUUGAAUCUUUGCGAGAUACAUCUGUCAUGGAAUCUAGCCAAUCCAUUUACUUUAUGCUUGGUUUUAACUUCAGCACAUCGUCUUGACUAUGCCUACAUGCCUAAACGCAUUGGUUACUGCCAUGUGGUUAGAUAUUUGUCUUAAUAAGCAGCUGAGUAGGUAUACCUAAUAAAGUGAUCGGUGAGUCUAUUUUGAGCAUUUUUGCAUGCUAAUGUUAGUUUUUCAAACCAAAAGUUGAGGCUGAAGUUCUAGAGGUUUUACAUUGAUUUUUCAAACCUCUAAUGCCCAAAACACACCAGCCCUGUCCAGUGUGCAUCCCAAUGGAUGCACACGGUCUAACCUGACACACCAGAUAGACCGUUUCAUUGAUCCAUUGCAUGGAUAUAUUCACAUUCAUCGGGGAAGCCCCCAUAGAAAGCGUUUGGGAAGGGGCAGGACUUUUCAAAAAAUUAACAAAAGGUGACUGGAGGAAUGUUCUCUGUCACAUGCAUGAUGGGCCAUUCAGAGCGACCCUGACUCUGCCAAGACAAGCUUUUGGUGUGGCACUUUGCCCUUGUUUUAAAAAGAUAAGUGGACCAAUUCUGAUUAAACUGAUGCUUUCCCAAAUUUCAAGCUAUCUUUCCUGUCAUCAAAAGCUUUCAAUGUUGCUCUAUGCCCUUGUUUUAUUAAAGAAAUUUCAGUUCUGACAAAACCACCGCGUGGCCAAGUCCAAGCUAAUCAUCAAUUAGCAGCGAUAGUAUACAACCAUUCACACAACAACUAACCCCUCUGUAACUCUGACAAACUCAUGCCAAAGUAGCUUGGCAGAAAAAAAAAAAAAAAAAAAAAAAAAAAAUCUUUUCCAUCACGAAAAGCUGUUAGUGUUGUUUUUGCUCUUUAUUUCAUACAGAAACGUGGUCCAAUUCUGAUAAAACUGCCACUAUGUUAUAGCUACAUCUUAGCUUAUCACCACACUGGAGCCAACCAGUGCAAACGGCUAGUACAAUUAAACCCUGCCCACAGUUACUGGCUAGUUCUCUUUAAAUGAUGCUGACUGGUCCGAACAGCGUUCGGUUCAGCACAAACAUUGUGGAUUGGAGCUUGUCAAGAUAUAUUUGCCUGGUCAUAGAGAUGGAAUCUGGCAAAUCCAUCUUCUUUGCAAGUUUACAAAUGGUUAUCUUCAAUGUGCAAACCCACACUGAUGGCAACCAGCCACACCUGGUCGUGUUGUUUCACAGUGCUUUAAGGCCUUGUCCACACGGAGACAGAAACUAUAUAUUUCCAUUUCGUUUUGAAAAAGUUUUCCAUAAACACGGGAUUGUUUCAGGAAAUGUCUGCAUAAGCACGGAACCACUGAAAACGACU